AUGGCGGAAGUUUCGAAGUUUGUAGAAAAGACAAUUUCUUUGUUAAAUAUAGAAAGAAAGGCCGAAGUUGACGAAGCAAGAUCCAUUCAGGAGAACGUAAACUUAAAUGAGCUUCAAAGAAAAGGAGUAUGUUUGUUGAAACUUCGAUUAAGGAGCCGUUGUACUGGUCUCUACGGCAGGUCUCUCUUGACGUUUGAGAGCUCGGAGGUUGGAGGCGCAGAAAGUCCAGAUGGUAGAGUUCUCCCAGCGCACCGCAUCACUCCAGGUGAUAUUGUAGGAGUUUACCAAUAUGGAUCAACUGCUGCUUCAAGUGAGAUAUGUUCUGGUAUUGUGUCCCGUGUUACCCAGGCAACCAUUGUUGUUGCCUUUGAUGAUUCAGCAAAUUCCCAAGACAUUGAUAAUGAUGGGCAAUACAGGUUAAACCAGUUAGCAAAUGAUGUCACAUAUAAGAGGAUUAAAAG